AACCCCCACAAUGAAGAUAACAUGGAGCAGUCCACCAGUCCUCAUUUGCAUAUCUGUUACCCAGCGGCGGCGUCGAGAAAGGGUUGCAAUUUCCACCACGACUUUUUUUUUUUUCAGUUUCGACGGUUUUGUGUUCCGUUCACGGUUCAUGCACAGCCGCAGCCAGACUUCGCAACUGUACCGUUCAUAGCUUAGCCCCGGGCGUAUGCAUGUUCUACUCAGACGUUUGGUCGAAUUAGCCUAUUUGGCCCUCCUGAAAAAGUAUGUUUCACCGGCAGUUGUGCAUUGCUGACAUGAAGUAAAAACUUGUGCUGAACAACAUUAUGGGGAAUAUCCGUGUCAUGCUGUUCUGUCUGAUGACUGCGCUGAUCGCCAGCGUUUUCGCUGCCGUACCGGAGUUGCAAGUAACAAAAACGGUUGACGGGAACUGCAGUGCUGCACAGCUGAAAGAUGGCGACACAAUUACAGUGCAUUUUGAGGGGAGUUUUGAUAACGGAACGAUUUUCAACUCCUCAUUUGGAAGCGACAAGCCUGUGAAAUUUUUACUUGGCGAUCCCACUCAAGCGAUGAAAGGAUGGCACAUGGCACUGCAGGGCGCAUGCGUCGGUGACGACCUUCAAGUGAAAAUUCCCUACUCUCUUGCAUACGGCGAGGAGGGAAGGCCGCCCUCUAUACCCCCUCGAACGGACCUGAACUACCGGAUCCGAGUGCUGGCUAUUGAAAAGGUCGCGCUUGCAUCCACUGGAAACGGAACGGCGGACGUCUACAUGAACGCCACCGAUGAUGGCGAUGAGGAUUACGGAUACGAGGAUGGGCCGGAUGGAAAACCUUCGCCCUAUGACCCCUCUAGCCUUUUGUUCAAGCUGCAGUUCCUGGCCAUUCCUGUGGCUGUGAUAUUGUUCCUACUGGUCGCCUACUGCAUUUACAGCAUUGAGUAUCCGGACAGGAAAAUCAAGUUUUACCGAGUUGGCGACCACGAAACAGAUGGAGGAAUGAAUCGAGUUCUCUGAGUCAUUUUUUAGUAACAAAGCAGGCCCUUUAUUUGUGUUAAAAUAGAUUUAUUGAAUUCGCUCAUUCCCACUUCCUGAGGGCGCUUGUGGCAGUUAAUCUCUUUCACCAAAUCUUGCGAAGGUAAUGUUGGCCUCGCAAAGCAUUGUGUGUAGCAUUUACUAAAAAUUGU